UAUUGAAUGAUAGUCCAGAAGCGCCACUAACCGGCGAAGUGCAAUUUCCAGUGCUCCCGGUGGUCAAUGAUGAAAACGAAGUCACUGAUGGACGUCCAACAUUUGCCUUGGGUGAUGAGCCGGAGGGAAUCAACCAACUGAAAACGAGCCCGACCAGUCAGCUGCCAAUGAACCGCCUGCAGUCGGCAAUGUGGAAAAUGGUUUGGUCGAUCAAGACGUGGUCUUCGAUUUCUCUGUUCUUGAUGGAGACUUGCCGUCAAAAAGACCCCCGAUAUGGGAUCGAUGCCACUUGCCCCACAUUGCCGUCGACGAUUUCUCCGAUGAUGUCCCUUGGUGUUUCGUUUCCCAGUUGUGCCUCCAACACGACCUGUUACAACUAUUUGGGUAUUGAUGAGUGCUUUCCACAAUUGUGCGAACCGUUGCCCGCUGGAGUGUCCACUCAAAUGUUUGCAAACGUGUUUGGUCUUCCGUGUACACUCUAUGGCUCGACAUUUGUAUGUUAUAGUUCACAAGGAAUGAAUGGAUGCUAUCAAACACAAGUCACAGCCAGCACCCCGAUUUCCCAAAUCUCCUCAAAUAGUCCAUCUACAUGCCCCUCAUUGCCGUCAACCGUUUCCCCGACAAUGUUCGUCGCAUUUGCUUCCCCUGGUAGCCUCGCGUGUCCAGCCGGUUCCACUUGCUAUUCGAUAGUCGGAAUCAAUGGAUGCUAUUCAUUGGGCACCUCAAUCACCACCGAAAAUUGCACCGAUGCUAGUCCAUCGUGCUCAAUCUGGGCCGAUUGUGGCUUUUGCAAUGAUCCAAUUGUGGCCAGCGUCGACAAAGCGAAAUAUUGCAUGAAAACGAAUCAAGUUAGAAUGGGAAGGCUCAAACGAGAGGUUGGACUUGAAACUGAUCAACCAAAAGAAAUCGAAUCAUCGAGUGAGUCGAGUGAGAAUGAAGAUAUUGCACCAAAGGGAAAACCGGUGUUAUUGAGGGAACCCCGAUACGAAUUGGCUAAUCUCGUGCUACUUAGCAUUCUCGUGUUCAUCGCCAUCUUCACAUUGAUCGUUUCACUGAGAAAGAAUCACAGCCGUUCUAUUCACUCCACAAUAAACCAUGAAUAUAAAUUGCUUCAUCAAAGUCGACAAUCAGCUAAUGUA